CGCUGAGCAAGAUGGAGCUGUCUGCAGUGGGCGAGCGGGUCUUCGCGGCCGAAUCCAUCAUCAAACGGCGGAUCCGAAAGGGACGCAUCGAGUACCUGGUGAAAUGGAAGGGGUGGGCCAUCAAGUACAGCACUUGGGAGCCGGAGGAGAACAUCCUGGACUCGCGGCUCAUUGCAGCCUUCGAGCAGAAGGAGAGGGAGCGUGAGCUGUAUGGGCCCAAGAAGAGGGGACCCAAACCCAAAACUUUCCUCCUGAAGGCGCGGGCCCAGGCAGAGGCCCUCCGCAUCAGCGAUGUGCAUUUCUCGGUCAAGCCGACCGCCAGCGCCUCCUCGCCCAAGCUGCAUUCCAGCGCUGCCGUGCACCGGCUCAAGAAGGACAUCCGCCGCUGCCACCGCAUGUCCCGCCGCCCCCUGCCCCGCCCAGACCCCCAGGGGGGCAGCCCCGGCCUGCGCCCGCCUAUCUCACCCUUCUCCGAGACCGUGCGUAUCAUCAACCGCAAGGUCAAGCCGCGGGAGCCCAAGCGGAACCGCAUCAUCCUGAACCUGAAGGUGAUCGACAAGGGCACGGGCGUAGGCGGUGCCGGGCAGGGGGCCGGGGCCCUUGCCCGCCCCAAAGUCCCUUCACGGAACCGCGUCAUCGGCAAGAGCAAGAAGUUCAGCGAGAGCAUCCUGCGCACGCAGAUCCGCCACAUGAAGUUCGGCGCUUUCGCGAUGUACAACAAGCCCCCGCCCGGCCCUCUGCCGCCCCCGCCAGCCACCAAGGCCGACAUCGCCGCGUCCCCUGGCCAGGGGCUGCUCCUGGCAGCCCCCAGUGCCCCGUACGACGCCCGCAGCUCCAGCUCCUCCGGCUGCCCUUCGCCGACCCCGCAGUCCUCCUCCGACCCGGAUGACGCGCCCCCCAAGCUGCUCCCCGAGACCACGAGUCCAUCUGCCCCCGACUGGCGGGAGCCCGAGGUGCUUGACCUGUCCAUCCCUCCCGAGGCGGCGGCCACCAGCAAGCGGGCGCCUCCCGAAGUCACUGCGGCUGCCAGCCAGGCCACUAGCGCGGCCCCUCAGCCUGCCGGCGCUGCCUCAGAGCCCGAGGCUGGAGACUGGCGCCCUGAGAUGUCACCCUGCUCCAACGUGGUCGUCACCGAUGUCACCAGCAAUCUCCUGACGGUCACUAUCAAGGAAUUCUGCAACCCUGAGGAUUUCGAGAAGGUGGCUGCUGGGGUAGCAGGCGCUGCAGCGGGGGGUGGCAGCAGUGGGCACAGCAAGUGAGGGGCUCCACCAAGGAGGGGGGUUGGGGGGGGCCCUCCUGCCCAAAGUCAUACUCUUGCUCCCACCCCCGCCCCCGCCCCCGCCCUCAGACAACCCUGCCUGUGCUUUGCUUGUUUCAGAUGGCUCGGUGUUGACCCCGGGAUGGGGCUGGGCAGUUGGAGCCCCCUGAAGCCCAGUGGGAGGGGCGGUCGUGGAACGGGGUGGGGCUAGGGUGGGGCCGGGACACUGGAACGUCCUCCCUCUUGUCUCUUGGCCCCCUCCCUGACCACGCACAGUGGGGCCUGCUGGGUGGUUCCUGGGGAGCCCCGGAACUUGGGGUUCAGCUGCCCCCUCCACAUCCCAUCUCUCCUCAGCUUGCUUCCAGCUCUCGCGCACAGCAUCUGAUUUCUCGGUGCUAACCCGGCAGCUGCUGGGGCCCCUUAGGGGACCCCAUCCCAGCAUGGGCACCGUCCCUUUCCUUCCUCCAGAUGCCUGGGAAGGAGGGGCAGGGAUGGGAAAGCCUGGACAGAGGUUGAGGUGAAGGCGGCCUUGGCCCCUCCCCCCCCACACCCACGAGGGCGGCAGGAGCAGGGCCCCACUUUCGGACGAGACCCAAGCAGGCCCCCGUGGGCCUCACCCACCCAUCUCUUUCCUCAUCCCGCUCUCAGAGGCGGGAGGGACUGGCACGGACCUCACCUGCCACGGCCUCCCAGCAUCUAAAGACCCCUCAGUUCUCGACCAAAGGUGCUACAAGAGCCUGCUGCGCGGACUUCCGAUUGCGCAUGCGCCUGCCGUCCUGGGCGGGUCUGCGUGGAUCCGUGUGUGCGUUGGCCCCUGGGCCCGGCUCUCGAGGCUGCGCCGUUUAGGGUUCCUCACAGUAAGGUCGUCAGAUCGAAGGCCUGGAACCCUCCCUUGCCAUCAGUCGGGCCUGGGACCUGGCCCGGGUCUGAGGAGUUCGCUGUGGAGGCCGAUCCAGCCUGCGUGUGCGGGGGGCACGCAUCCCACGCCCUUCUCCUUUGGGGAGGUCAGACGUGGCAUGGUGGGGACCGAGGCAGAGGGGAGACCCCCGUCCCAAGCUUCCUCUUCCUCCGGGGUGUUCGGGGGGCGUAGGAAACCUGGACACUGUUCCGAGGGUCUCCGGCCCCCUCUCUCUUGCUUCUGACCGCCCAGGCUUUCUCACAGCCCAGCCUGCCUGAAGCAGCGGGAGGCCUCUGGUGCCCUGGGCAGCUUCUCUUUCCUCUGCUGCCAGGGAGGUGAGGUGGCCAUGCCAGUGGCAGAGACCAAAACCCCAAUUUUAGGCCGGGCACAGGGAGGGCAGGGUGGCCGAAGCAGGGGGGACAGAAGAGGGGGCCUGUGUCCUUCAGGAGAGCAGGCACGUGCAGGACCAGGGGUCUGGUGGGCAGGGGAGACAGCCCUGCUGGCCAGCCCGGAGGCGCUGCCCGGACUCAGUUUGCCGUGAGUGGCGGGUCCUUGCACGUGGCUCAAGGUGGCUUCCUGGUGUGUGGGCUGAGAGCCAUGAUGGCAGAAAGGGAAUUCCAGUUCGGAAACAAACGCCUUGGUCCUAAGCACGGGAGGACUGUCUCUUCCGAAUCUCCCCGCCAGGGAUAGUGGCAGGGCCCCUGGCCCUCCCCGUCCCAGGAUGUAGAACAGGGGCCGUCACAGGGUUUGGGGGACUGGUGCUCCUGGACCCCUCCCCACCCUGCCCUUUGUGUUGGCUCUGUGGCCGUCCAAGUGCCAAUUGGCUUUCCCCCAAAUAAGGGCUGGUAUUUCUCCUCUGUCCUUAGAGGGGAUUUCCCCCCCGCCCCCCACCCCAGGUGAGCGUCCACCUGGGUGCCAGUUACAGGUGUUUCCAGAGACCAUAGAAAUGUGUUUUCCUGAGAGUCCGUGUCAUUAGUGAAUUUUUUUGUAAAGAAGUUGUGUUUUCAGAGGUGAUUUUAUGACAGGAAAGUGAAAGAAUUAGUUUUGCAAAAAACAAAAAAAAAAAAACCACAAAAAAAGAGGGGAAAAAAAGAAAUAGAAAAAAAUAUUGUGGGGUUCCUAUGGGGUUGGGGGGGGUGGGGAGAAAGAGAUAUUUAAAGAAAAACUAGGAACGCAGUGAUUGCACAGGUGAGGCGGCAAUGUUAGGAACGUGGGUAGAGGCCCAGGCCCAGCUGGGAGGCUCCCAGGCACGACAGCUGCCCUCCUUCCUUGGCCCGAGGCAAGGUAAGCCCUCCCUCCUGCGCUGGGCCCAGACUCCACACCUGUCCCCGUCUGAGGGGAAGGAUGACCCCUGAUUCCGAGGGAACUUGCCAGAAGCUGCAGGGGCCAGGCAAAUAGAGCUGAGAUUUGGGGAGGUAGGAGUCCACAGGGGUCCCACCAUCACCGGGCCCUAUCGUUGGUGACUUUCUCCAGGAAGGCUGGUGAGUAGGUACAGUUGGGUUCCUUGCCUUCCUGCAUUCCUUUGCCAGCCUUUUGGGCCGUAUGGUCCCUCCACCGCCACCCCGUGGGGGAAUUUCCCUCCCCAUCGCCCCAAUGACCAAGACACCCCCGAGCUUCCCUGGCCAGGUAGAGGAUGCAAGCUUCAGGAAGACAGGAGCUAUGGACUCUGGGAGAGUAUUAGGUGGUGAUCAGAGGGGGUU